AUGGAGGACAAAGGCGAUGUUCCCAUGAUGAAUGGCUACGACGAAACGUCUCAUUUGCCCAUAUCAGAAGAUGAAGAGAAGAUUCUCGCACUCUAUGACCGAUUACAAGAACUUCGACUGGAAAUUGCCGUUAUAAAUGCUCAACAAUCUCAACAGUCAGAGAACACUACAUCGUAUACCGAUGAAGAAACACAAAAGGCACAAUCAGAACUUCUGGAGACAAGAGCACAAUAUAUUCUCAGAAACGAUGUGACUGAAGCCGUUGUGACAGCCAAUCCUAUACUCAAAGCUGUUCACAGCAACGCAGAAACAGCUCCCAUCGAGCGUGCCCUUCUGCCAUACAUUGAACGCAGAGAUAAUGCAUCUAUAUCGGUCGCGACGCAAGCCUCUCAGACGAACACGGUAUGGAAGACGUUGACAACCGUUCAGAGUGACACACUGCGGAAAUCUCGGCAAAACGUCACUUUGGCAGCAGAGCUGUUUGAGUUGGCAGAUCAAGCAAAGCUCAAGAAGAGAGUCAAUCCCAACAAUUCAAAAAUGAUGGAGGAGCAGGAGAGGUUGGAGGCUGAUGUCAAGGCGAGCAAGCAGAGAUGGCGGGUCAUGAAAGGUGUGGCUGGAGGUAUAAUUGUUGGUAGUGGCGUUGACUGGGUUCAAGACGAUGAGCUGCGGGAUGCUGUACUCGAUCCUGAGACUGAAGAAUGA